AUGGAGUAUGAGGGUAGUUGGGACAAACACUUGGCUUUUUUAGAAUUCUUUUAUAACAAUAGCUACCAAUCGAGUAUUGGAAUGCCUCCCUAUGAAGCCCUAUACGGAAGAAAAUGCUGGACCCCUCUUUGUUGGAGUGAAGUUGUUGAAAGAAAGUGUGUUGGUCCUGAAAUUGUGCAACAAACAGAGGACAACGUAAAAAUUAUCAAGGAUCAUCUAAAUAUUUCUUCAGAUAGACAAAAGUCGUAUGUUGAUCUUAAAAGGCGUGACAUUGAAUAUAAAGUUGGAGAUAAAGUAUUCUUAAAGGUGUCUCCAUGGAAAAAUAUUAUGAGUUUUGGCCAAGAAGGAGAACUUAGUCCCCGAUGGAUUGGGCCUUAUGAGAUAAUUGAAAAGGUUGGACCAGUUGCAUAUAAAUUACCCUUGCAACCGGAGUUAGACAAGAUCCACAAUUUCUUUCAUGUUUCUAUGCUCAGAAGAUGUCGUUCUGAUCCAUCGCAUGUUCUUCCAGUUGAAUCUAUUGAAGUUAAUCUUGACUUGACUUAUAAUGGAGACCCCAUCCGAAUUGAUGAUCGAGAAACAAAGAAACUUAGAAACAAGAGGAUCCACUUAGUAAAGGUACUUUGGAGGAACCAUUCUGGGAAGGAAGCUACAUAG